AUGCUCACAGUCUUUUGGGACCAGCUACAGAAAUUGCGGAAGGCCAUCAAAAACGAGAGACAUGGUAUGCUGACCAAAAGUGUCCACCUCCUGCAGGAUAAUGCCCUGGUUCACAACUCACAUGUUGCUCAGAUGGAAGCAUGGUUCUGUGGCUAUGAAAUCCUUCCUCAACCCCCUUAUUCUCCCGACCUCACACCAUCGGACUUCCACCUCUUUACAACCAUGAAGUUAUUUUUGAGAGGCACACUUUUUCCAGACGAUGAAAUGCUGGUUUCUGAGGUCAAGUCAUGGCUUCUGACGGAACCUGCCGACUUCUACAGUUGA